AUGACAUGUCCAUGUCAUCAAGCUGAUUAUAUUGGUGAAACCAGUUUAUCUUUAGCCGAACGCCUCCUAUAUCAUCAAGAACAUGGAAAUCGCAUUGUACAAGAAGUUCUUUUAGGCAAGAAAAAUGUCACUCGAAUUCGUCCAGAAUUGAAAUCGUUUGAAACAUUAGUGAAAGACGACAUGAAACUCUAUCAACAUUCAGCCAAUUGUCCAGCAGCAAUCCAAUGGUUUCUAGAUGAAAAUCCUGCUUAUUGGCCAUUUGUUCCAAUCAAAAUAAGCGAAGCAGAAGAAUUCGACGAAGAGAGAGAAGUUGCACAUAGUUCCCUCGAAGACACAACACAAUUUACAUAUGCCAAUGAUAUACCUACUCCACCAAGUGGUUAUCGCUUCACUAAUUUCCUCAUUGGAACACUCGUUGCCGAACGUUUACGUAACGAUCGUGAUCCAGAUCCAUACAUCCCUGAUUAUGAGAAAAAACUCUAUGCACAUUCGACACAAUGUUCUGUGCCUCUACAAUUAUUCUUAAAAUGUCAUCCAGAAUAUUGGUGUUUUGUUCCGAUGACCAAUGAACAAGUGCUCAUCGAUAAUGCUCGUGUCAGUCCUCUUGAAAUCAAUCUUUUAAAUGACUAUCAAAAUUCUCUUUUUACUGCAACACAAACAAGCCAAUAUACUCGCGACAUGACAUUAGUGCAAUGGUGUGUUAAUCAUGUGCCAUCACCUCCACUGAACUAUCAAUUUUCAAUACGACAAAAAAUUCAACAAUAUGAAUUUUUUUCGACCAAAUCAGACAUAUAUGUCACUCGAUUUCUUGAUCUUUACAAUCCAGCUAUUGUUCUUGCGCUGCCUGAAAAUGCUUCGGAUGCGUUACGUCGUACGGUACAAGCUUUAUUAGUCGUUUACGCUGAACCAAAAUUAGUAGACACUACUGUUACGCACAGUGAAACAGCAUUACAAUCGACUGAUAUUAUCGAGCCAACGAUUUGGUGUCAGCAUUUAAAACUUCGUUUAAAUUCUAUUUCCAAAAUGGCUGCAUCUGACAAAGAUACAAUGACAACCAUUGAUCUUACUAACAACUUCAAUGAUGUGGAAUGGUUUGACGCAGUCUUUGAUAUACUUGAUGAAGAAGGUGAUGAAGAUCGAGAUGAUAUUUUAGAAGAAUACAACGAAGAUUUUGAUUUUGACAUUAGAAAUAAAAUUUUUAAUGAAGAUAUGAUUGAAUGCGUAGAGCCAAAAUUCAUGAUGGCGAAUAUGGAUCCUGAUAGAAAAAUUCGGUACGAGGAAAUUAUUCCACAAAAAUUUAAACAAAUAUUAGCAAAUAAUGAAGAACGACAACGGAACGUCGAGGAAAAUCCGUUGACGAGUGAUGAAAAUCAAGGAAAAAGCAUACCAUCGACACAAAGUAUGCCAUCGAAACCGCUACGAUCAUGGGAUGAUGACUACGUCGACAGCGAACAAGAAGAAGAAGAAGAAGAAGAAGACAACUACCCAAUAUCAAAUUAUGAUGAAAGAUUAAAUGAGAUGUUUGAAAAAGUAAUGCUCGAUCAUUUAAGCGGAACGACAACAACGCUAUCGAUCCAAAUGCUACGAGAAUUAGCUAUGUUACAACAUGAAGUGGCAAAAAUAAAGCUCCAGAAGAAACUAUGGAACAUCUAUUUGAAAGCAGGUACAGGUCAAUGGGAUACACCGGAAAGCUUGCAGACAAAUGUCGAUCGAGGCGUAUGGCCCAUACCUAUUCAAAACAUGAUCAAGUUCCGGUUGAGUGAAUCGAAGACUAGUGUAACGAAGAAUGAACGCGAACUUGGAAAAAUCAUUGUGUGCGAACAUUUACAAGUAUUGGAUGAAAAAUUGCAACAUAUUCUUGCAACCUAUAAUACAAAGAAAGCACAAUCAAUUGGUGUUACUGAUGAAAUAGAGAAACUUAUUGAAAAUUUUAUUACACGAUACAGUUUAGUCUCCUAUCAAAUGAAAUUAAACUAUGAAUUUACAACACUAUUAUAUGAUUACGAUGAUCAACUACUUGAACGUACUUAUUUACAAAUGAAACCAACCGAUUACCAAGAUCCAAUUUUAUCGACUUCUCUACAAGGAAUGCGAGCUGCGACGAUUUCAUCAUCACAGGAGUUACGAAAAAAUUCAUAUCAUCCAAAAAUUGACACUUUUUUAAGUCGAUGGCGCCAAUUACAAGAAGAAAAAAAUCAAUGUCAAAAGCAACAGGAACAAAACAUCCAACAGCUCGAUCAGAAACCACAAGAACAAUGGCAACGAGAUGAUUUCGAUCGACUUAUAGAAGAAGAUCUUGAAAAUCAAUUAAAAGAAUUGGAACGUCAAGAAGAUGAGCAAUAUAGAUUAUUGGAACAAUCACUUGAGGAAGAACUAAGAACAGAACAAUGUGGUGUUUCUAUUCAAUCAUUCCAACAUGACUUUUCGAAAGAAUUACAUCACAUGGCCACAUUAAUACAAUCCGAAGAAAACGAACAACUACAACAAUAUGAUACCGUGUUGAAAGCAUUGGAAAAAUAUAAACAAUAUGAUAUAUUGAAAAAAUUCGAAACUGAUUUUCACUUAUAUACAAAAAUAAUAUCAGAAGAAAUGCAUACAUCACAAAAAUUCAGUCAAUUAUUCACUUCGGCCAACGAGCAACAAAAGAAAAAAGAUGACCCGACACGACGAAAUCCAACCGUUUCCUAUUCAGAACUCAAUCUACGACAAUUGAUUGGAUUUGACAUCGAUAAAGUUCCUCAAUAUUUAAAUCAUACGAAUGAUUCCUUUCAGAAAAUCAUUCAUUCCAUACGACCAACAAUGACAGUCAAUCGUCUUGAAGAAUUACGACAUAUUGCUAUUCUUAUGUAUAAACUUUUCUUACUCGAAAAAUUAGAAUUGUUGUGGACAAUGUAUCGACGAUCUGGCACAGGUAAUCUUGAAUUAUCGACACCGAUAGAACAAAUGAAUAGAAAUAUUUGGCCAAAGGAAGUGCGAACACGCAUAGAACUUAUUCACAAUAAACAUAUCUCGAACAAUAACCUGUACUUGACAUUUGUUGAGCAAUGUCUAGGAAAAUUGUAUGAGAAAAAUGAAGAAUGCCAACGACAAUUACGAUAUCGUACGGGUCAUCUUGUCGAUUAUACAUGGGCUAUGGAAGAAACAAUCAAAAAAUUUGUACAACAAGGAUUUAUGUAUCAAAGUGUUGAAUAUGCCUGUCAAAUAGCACUGGUACAAUAUAAUUAUAGAGAAGCAAUGGCAAAACGACAAUUUUUACAUGAAAAUCCGAAUCAAAAUCAGGUAAGCUAUAUUGUGGUAAAUCACUGUUCAUAA